AUGCUGAAUCACCGGACAAGUCAAGAAUCUACAUUGCUAGGUGAUGAUCUAGUGGUCUGGAGAGGCUCCCUGACAGCCGCUCAUAUUCUGGCAAUUCUAUCAUGUAUCUUUCGUCUUCACCGGCGCAAGAUGACUGGGCAGUUUUGGUUAGAUGAUUGGUUUGCAUUAGUGGCGUUUAUCAUGGAGUGUGUGUUUUUUCCGACGCUGUGGCUUCGCGGAGUGUCCUCAAGAUCUACUCUUAUUGUCACUGCCUGGUUUGCCCAACUCUCGUUCAUUCCUUUGAUCUGGUCUUCUCGAAUAAGUCUUGCAUACUCAAUUACUCGAGUCAUUCCACCCCACCAAAAGGCUCGAAAAGCAAGCAUAUGGCUUGUCUACUUUUUUGGCAUUGUCUGCUUGGUGUAUCUUAUCCAGACAGCAAUUGAAUGCCGUCAGGACUACGGAAGUUGGGCAAACAACUUUCCAUACCAGUGCCCUUUAUCUAGCACCGCAGCAAUCUCCCGAAUGAUAAUGGACUGCAUUGCGGACGGGCUAUUAAUUGCUAUUCCGUUUUGCGCGUUCUGGCGCCAAAUGAAACUUGCACAGACCUCAAGGCGUUUGAUAAAAGCAUGCUUUUGCGCCAGCGUGCUGACGACUCUUGUUAGUUUUCUCGCUUCAGGGAUCCUGUUUUCCCAUCAUUAUUCGAAGUCCGAUACGGAACGGUCGGAAACAAGCUUCAUGGCUUCAGUAUUGGCGCACCUUGUGGCGGCGAUAUCCCUUCUCGUCUGCAAUAUGCUUAUUAUUGUAACGUCUUUUUAUCGCUUCUUCAGAAGCACUGAGGUCGUAAAACAAAAUAAACAACCUCAACAACAACCGCCUCCACAAAAUUCUACAAGUCUUGUUACCGAAACUGGAAAUUCGUCAUCAAGUGGGGAACAAUCUUCUCAAAACCAGGAGAUCCACCAGAUUCAAAUCGGACCUUUGGUUGCCAUUGAAGAUACUUCCACUAGUUCAGCGAGCGAAGUCAUUGUAUUGACAGAACUUUUUGAAUCCGAUCUUAUACACUCUCUACCACCUCAACAGAGUCAACAAAUCAGCUCUCUUGAACAGAGUCAGAUCUGUGAUACAAAUGGCACUGGUAUAAACGAGCAACCUUGUUGA